GAACGUCAACAAUCGCUCGUCUCCGUGAUGACAGAACUGAAGGCAGUACACAACGAAAUAAAUGCCCGCGCACGAACCAAGCUGAGCUCAUCGGAGACUCUCCCAUGUUCUAUAUUUAUACAGCACCCAGCGCUUCUGAGUCGCACAGACCCAUCGCUUCACUAAUGUGACAGUCAAGGGGAAGCGGGACUCUGACAUACCUCGGGCAGACAAACCGAACACGUUCCGAAGAGGAAACUAUUGGAGGGAGAUAAAUUGAACUUUUCCGUUUAUUUUGUGAGUUGUCACUGGUGACGGGUAUGCCAAUCUGAACAGAGCUGAAAAAAAGAUAAACAUGUGGCAAAGGAAGCCUCUCAUCUAAUCACAUACUAAGCUGACAACUCUCGAUCACGCUCCUGAAUUGCCCAGACCCCCCCCUCCCCCAGCGACUGCCCCCCCGCCCCCCUCCCUCGCCAUGCAGGAAUCCGAGCCCAGCGUCUACCAGCUGCAGCCCAACAUCAUCUCGGUGCGGCUGUUCAAGCGGAAGGUCGGGGGGCUGGGCUUCCUGGUGAAGCAGAGGGUGAGCAAGCCGCCCGUCAUCGUGUCCGACCUGAUCCGGGGCGGGGCCGCCGAGGAGUGCGGCCUGGUGCAGGUGGGCGACAUCGUCCUGGCCGUCAACAGCAAGCCCCUGGUGGACCUGAGCUACGAGCGGGCGCUGGAGACGCUGAAGAACGUCUCGCCCGAGAGCCACGCCGUGCUCAUCCUCCGCGGGCCCGAGGGCUUCACCACCCACCUGGAGACCACCUUCACCGGGGACGGCAGGCAGAAGACGGUGAGGGUGACCCGGCCCCUCUACCCCCUCUCGGUCUCCAAGUCCUUCGACUGCUCGCCCUCCGGCCUGCCGGCGACGGGCAAGGAGCAGCUGAGGGCCAUCGAGAACCUCUCGCCGGCCCUGGAGCAGCAGAGGCCGCUCAUCCAGAUCAACAGCGUGGUGUCGUCGCUCAUCGCCCAGGAGCCGCUCGACGCCGACUGCCACGCCCUGCUCAACGGCGUGGAGGAGAACAACGACCUGCUGCGCGAGAUCGAGCCCGUGCUCAAGCUCCUGAAGACCGGCAAGCGGGACAUCAACGGCGAGAACCAGAAGGCGGUGGAGAGGAGGGAUGCUGAGGUCCAGGUUGAAUGCGACCUGGGCGUGGGAAGCAGCAAGUCCCCGCAGCUGGUCUCCGAUAACGACAGAGUGUUCGACGACCUCUGGAGGAGGGACAACAUGCCGACCGUGCUCAACAACCCGUACUCCGAGGCCGAGAAGCCGCAGCCCCAAGAGAGGACGUCCCCCACGAAGGACGCGCAGAGCGGCAGCCCGUCCAAGUGCCCGCGCUUCAUGAAGGUGAAGAACUGGGAGACGAACACCACCCACAGCGACACGCUGCAUCACAGCUCCAGCAAGGUUCCGAUCUGCGCGGAGCGCGUCUGCAUCGGGUCCAUAAUGAUACCAAACAGCAACAGCCGCAAACCGGACGAGGCCCGGACCAAAGAGGAGCUCCUUCCCCUGGCGACCGAUUUCUUCGACCAGUACUACACCUCCAUCAAAAGGUUCGGCUCCAAGGCCCACACCGACAGGCUGGAGGAGGUCACCAAGGAGAUCGAGGCCACCGGGAGCUACCAGCUGAAGGACACCGAGCUGAUCUACGGAGCCAAGCACGCGUGGAGGAACGCCGCCCGCUGCGUCGGCAGGAUUCAGUGGUCCAAGCUCCAGGUAUUUGACGCCAGAGACUGCACCACAGCUCACGGGAUGUUUAAUUACAUCUGCAAUCACAUCAAGUACGCCACCAACAAAGGCAACCUAAGGUCUGCCAUCACCAUAUUUCCACAAAGGACAGAUGGCAAGCAUGACUUCCGGGUUUGGAACAGCCAGCUGAUCCGAUACGCGGGCUACAAGCAGCCGGACGGCUCCGUUCUGGGGGACCCGGCCAACGUGGAGCUCACCGAGAUCUGCAUGCAGCAGGGCUGGAAGGGGCCGCGGGGGCGUUUCGACGUCCUGCCCCUCCUCCUCCAGGCCAACGGCAACGACCCCGAGCUCUUCGAGCUCCCAGACGACCUGAUUCUGGAGGUGCCGAUCACGCAUCCCAAGUUCGAGUGGUUUAAAGACCUGGACCUGAAGUGGUACGGGCUGCCCGCGGUGUCCAACAUGCUGCUGGAGAUCGGGGGGUUAGAGUUCACAGCCUGCCCCUUCAGUGGCUGGUACAUGGGCACGGAGAUCGGCGUGCGAGACUUCUGCGACAGCUCCCGCUACAACAUCCUGGAGGACGUGGCUAAGAUGAUGUCUCUGGACACCAGGAAGACCUCAUCACUGUGGAAGGACCAGGCACUGGUGGAAGUCAACAUUGCAGUCCUCUACAGCUUCCAGAACGCGAAGGUGACCAUAGUGGACCACCACUCGGCCACCGAGUCCUUCAUGAAGCACAUGGAGAACGAGCUGCGGGUUCGGGGGGGCUGCCCGGGCGACUGGGUCUGGAUCGUGCCCCCCAUGUCCGGGAGCAUUACCCCCGUGUUCCACCAGGAGAUGCUCAACUACCGGCUCACCCCGUCCUUCGAGUACCAGUCGGAUCCAUGGAACACUCACGUGUGGAAAGGAGUGAACGGAACACCGACCAAAAAGAGAGCCAUCGGCUUCAAGAAGCUGGCAAAGGCUGUGAAGUUCUCGGCUAAGCUCAUGGGUCAGGCCAUGGCAAAGAGGGUCAAGGCCACCAUCUUGUACGCCACCGAAACAGGAAAAUCGCAGGUUUACGCAAAAACCCUGUGUGAGAUCUUCAAGCACGCGUUCGAUGCAAAGGUGACGUCAAUGGACGAGUAUGAUGUGGUGCACCUGGAACACGAAACGCUCGUGCUCGUGGUGACCAGCACGUUCGGCAACGGAGACCCACCUGAAAACGGAGAGAAAUUUGGUGGAGCGUUAAUGGAGAUGAGACAUCCCACUACCAACAUGGAGGACAGAAAGAGCUACAAGGUGCGAUUCAACAGCGUCUCGUCGUAUUCGGACACGCGCAAAUCUUCGAGCGACGAGCCGGAGCCGAAGGUGGACUUCGAGAGCACGGGACCUCUGGCCAACGUCAGGUUCUCUGUGUUCGGCCUGGGCUCGCGGGCCUACCCGCACUUCUGCGCGUUCGGUCACGCCAUGGACACCCUGUUCGAGGAGCUGGGCGGGGAACGCAUCCUCCGGAUGGGGGAGGGGGACGAGCUCUGCGGCCAGGAGGAGUCCUUCAGGACCUGGGCCAAGAAGGUCUUCAAGGCUGCGUGUGACGUCUUCUGCGUCGGCGAUGACGUGAACAUCGAGAAGGCGAACAACUCGUUGAUCAGCAACGACCGGAGCUGGAAGAAGAACAAAUUCCGUUUGACUUACACAGCGGAAGCGCCGGAACUCACACGGGCGCUGCACAGCAUUCACAAGAAGAAGGUUUACGGAGCGAAACUCCUGACCAGAAAAAACCUGCAAGGUCCCAACUCCAAUCGGUCCACAAUCUUCCUUCAGCUCCAUGCGAACAACCACGAAGGGUUGAAGUACCAGCCCGGAGACCACCUGGGCAUCUUCCCCGGCAACUACGAGGACUUGGUGACCUCGCUCAUUGAUAAACUGGAAGACGCACCGCCUGUCAAUCAGAUCGUCAGGGUGGAGUUCCUGGAAGAGAGAAACACUGCACUGGGUGUGAUCAGCAACUGGACAGACGAGAGUCGUAUCCCACCAUGCACCAUCUACCAGGCCUUCAAGUACUUCCUGGACAUCACCACUCCCCCCAGCCCCCUCCUGCUGCAGCAAUUUGCCUCACUGGCCAGCAAUGACAAGCAGAAGAAGAAACUGGAAGUUCUGAGCAAGGGUUUGCAAGAGUACGAGGAGUGGAAAUGGUACAACAACCCCACCAUGGUGGAGGUUCUGGAGGAGUUCCCCUCCCUGCAGAUCCCCUCCACCCUCCUGCUGACCCAGCUGCCCCUCCUCCAGCCGCGGUACUACUCCAUCAGCUCCUCGCCGGACACCUACCCCGGGGAGAUCCACCUGACCGUGGCCGUCGUCUCCUACCGUGCCAGAGAUGGAGACGGUCCACUCCACCACGGCGUGUGCUCCUCUUGGCUGAGCGGCAUAGAGAUGGAGGAGACGGUUCCGUGUUUCGUUCGAGGGGCCCCAACCUUCCGGAUGCCGAAAGACCCCAAACUUCCUUGCAUCCUUGUGGGCCCCGGAACCGGCAUUGCUCCCUUCAGAAGCUUCUGGCAGCAGAGACAGUAUGAUUUUGAAUACAAGGGAAUUGAAUCCUGCCCGAUGAUUCUGGUGUUUGGGUGUCGGCAGUCCCAGAUAGACCACAUCUACAAGGAGGAGACCAUCCAGGCUAAAAACCAAGGGGUGUUUGAGGAACUGUACACGGCGUACUCACGAGAGCCCGGAAAACCAAAGAAAUACGUGCAGGACGUGCUCCGGGAGCAGCUGUCGGAGACGGUGUACGGCUGCCUGAAGGAGCGCGGCGGCCACAUCUACGUGUGCGGCGACGUGACCAUGGCCGGCGACGUCCUGAAGACCAUCCAGCAGGUCGUCAAGCUGCAGGGCAACAUGUCGCUGGAGGACGCCGGCUUCUUCAUCAGCAAGCUGCGGGAUGAAAACCGGUAUCACGAGGACAUCUUCGGUGUUACGCUACGCACAUACGAGGUCACCAACAGGCUGCGGUCCGAGUCCAUUGCUUUCAUCGAGGAGAGCAAAAAGGAUUCUGAUGAGGUGUUCUGCUCUUAGGACCGUGCUGGACGUCCGCACUCUUUCCGGAAGGGACCACAGGUGAACUCUUGGGAGCCAAGUAUUACCGGAGCUAGACAAGGAUACUGUGCCAAGUUUUAUACUGUAAAAAAAAAAAGAAGAAUUACCUGCAAUUAUUUUCUACCAGUUUAUGCUUUGUUAAUGGUCAGGCUGUGCACUUAGUCUGUGGUAAAAUCUUUAUUUGAAUUUUUUCGAGAUUUUCCAAAAUGAACGUUUUAUUUUUCAAAUGGAUCUGCUUUGAAUGAUUUAUGAAGCGAUGUGUGGCCGACCUAUAUGACUUUAUCUCAGUGUCAAUGCAUGAGCAAGACAGUAAUAUUCUUGAUAUAUUCAAUGUUAACUGUAUAACAUGAGAGUCGAUGCCUUUUCCUAAAGUGCAGUAUUUAGGGCUGCUAAGGAGACAUGGAAAGGAUGCAUGAUGGGAAAUAGUUCAAACGAGGAUGUUUGAGGAUACAAACGAGCAUCGGUCUUCAUUCAGGAGGCAUUUCGCCUGAUGUGUUCAUGUUCCAAUGAGGAAGGAACUGGUUAGCCGAGUGCUACUUCAGUUUUGAUGCAUUUUGAUUAUACCUUGAUGGCAGUAUUCAGUUCUAAUACUACCGCAUGUCUAGCAAAACGAUGAAGAUGGAAAUAAACUAAUUAAAUGCUCUACAUGCUUAAUACAUCGUGCAUGUAAAGUCUCAAAUUUCUAUGAAUGAGACUAUGGAAUAUUUCAUUUUGGGUCCAUUCUGUUAUUCAGAAGGGCAACAAAUAUCCAGUAGCAAGCUGACGGCCUGUCAAAAUCCGUCUGUGCUUUUGUCAGUUUUUUUUGACCUGCAUGUCUGUGCUGCUGUCAGAUUAUAAAAUAGCUUUUAUUCCUUGAAUCCAGUGUCGUGUCACGGCUGUGGUUGCGGAACGACGCCUGCCAGAAGCAACCGUCCUUUUCUGGCAGAGGGAAAGGCUAAAUUACCGUACUGUACUGUGCUGUUGUCAUCAACAUGGCUUUCAUUCACUGGAGUUGUGGGGAGGUCUUUGUUCCUCGCACGUGUUUCGCGUUGUUGUUCAGGAAAUUAGGAAUCAAUAGGCCUGAUUAACAGCCUUCCUAAUGUUUUUGCGGCGAGGAGUAACAAGGAUUCGCACAGUGCGACGCUGCUGAUUAUCCAACGGCCGAGCUACACUUUGAUCUCGAAACGAGUCGGGUUUUCUGGGAUAUUUGCUGGAGAGGGCAGCGAUGGCGUUUAAAGAAGAGAUAAGCAUUUGAUGCUUUUUCUCGUUUAUUUUGCUUUAAUCCGUGGUUGACCUGCAGCCAGGUGAUGGACUUUGCACAGACACCUCGCAGUAUCUCUGCUUCCGACUUUAUUUAUGAGGGGGAGGGUCCAGCGCUAUUUGAUUGGCAGAACAGCCUGUCACUCCUCCUCCUUGUCAACGGAAGCAGAGAGAGGAGCGGGGGAAAGAUUUUAACGAAGAGACCACAAAGGAAGGGCCAGUAAACAAGCGGCCAUGGCCUUAAGAAGUGAACGCCCCCCCUUUUCACUCCCGUGAACCCCCAAACUCUUGUGCCUCUGUCCCCAAUCCCUAACGUGUGUCAUCUGUCCACCUAAUCCUCUGUGCGGCCACCCCCGCAUCUUUGGUUUUUCAAGACGGGAUGAGAUUCUUUGUGUCGGGAAUGUUCCGAGGACUGACUGUUGCCUUACAGUAGAGUAGUAUGGGCUCCCCCCUAUCCCCCCCCCCUUCACCCCCACCGCCCACCCCCCCCACCUCGGGGGCCGUCUCCCCAUGCGUGUAACUGCCAUAGUUCUCCUGAGUGGAUCAGGCUCUCUUGCGAUGGCUUGUGAACCUCAUGCGUGUGGUUGCCAUGGUACUCGCAUGGCCUUUCCCGCCUCUCGUAGAUAGAUGAUCCUGUACACCCCUCCCUCCCCCCCCCCCCCGUCCGUCCGUACCUGCCUUACGUCUGAAAACAUAUUUACGCAGUGCAUAUCCACUUACUAACCAUUCAAUUACCUCUCUUUGAAGAAAAAAAAAUGAUAAUAAUCACACAUACAGGCUUGUUUUUUCAGCCCUUGUGAAGCUGUCCCUUGACAUGUUUAAUGUUCUUGUGAGUCGAGGCUGCGAUGUGAGUUGCCAGUACCGUUUGUGGUUUCUCUCUGCGAUUAUGCACAAGCUUGGAAUGCUACCCCUCCUGCAAACAUAACAGCUUAACAGCCAAAUACUCCUUCCCCAAUGAACAAAAAAAAAAAAAAAUUAUAAUAAUACUAAUGAUAAUAACUGCUCCUGCUUGGCUUUCAGACCUUCUCGUAAAGAGUAGCCAGUAUAAUAAAGACUGUCUUCAUCUCCUUUUAUUGAAAUUGCAAACAUCAAUGCAUGCAGAGUGUCUCUUGUAAUUUAACUUUUAUUUUUUUAUUUUUUUUAUUUUAUUUUUGGUGAUGUAUCUUUUUAAAUCUCUGCCUUUUUACAGGGCUUUGAUGAGUCAACCCAGUGCAAUGUUCAUGUGGUUUGACCUAUGGUUCAAAGGUUUAUUGUAAUUAACCAGCUACAGUACAGCUGAUCAGUUUUUCUUGUUUAUUAUUUGCCUCAUCUAUGUCCUUAACUUGUACUUUAUUUGUGAGGGAAAAAAAUUUGCCUCUGGCAUGACAGAAACUAAAUGAAUUUUAAGAAGCUUUAUGAAUUUCUGUGCUACUGGCAUACAUAAAUUAGAUUUUUAAUUGAAAACUUUUUUUUUUGGUGAGGGAACAGCCAAGUUUGUUAAUUGUAUGCAGUUCUUACUGAAAAUUUCUUUACGUUUGUUUAUUUUGAAUGGAAUGAGAACCGUUUAAACUCUGUGAUGUAAAAUGUGCAAAAAAUAUUUACAAAGGCAAAGAAACUAAGUAAAACUAAUCUAUAUGAGAUCUUUUUUAAGAAUGUAUUUUGGUUAUAAAUGGCUAUUAUUUGUCUUUUCUGCGUGGGAAAAAAAGAAAAAACUACAGUGUAUUUCAUAUCUUUUAAAUAUUGGAAACUACAACAGAAAUCUGACUGCAUGAUGUAUGCUGUGGUGUUUAAAAGAAGCUAUGUAUAUUUUCCAGCACUGUAUCAAUAUGACUAUCACAACUGCAUUCGCCCUCUCAGAUUGGACGGUAAUGUGCUUAAAGGAUAUUAGUGUUUAUUUCACAGCUGUUUAAAAUCUGAUCCAAACAGCCUCCGCUGUGCUCCUUAUAUUGUGGAAUUUAUCAACCUUGAACGUUUACCAUUUAUUGCAUACUGCAAAGACUUUGCAUUGACUUAAUAAAAAAAAAAAAACAUUUCUAUGUCA